CCAUGGCUCCGGCACUGCACUGCAAACCCUUUACGUUGUGUCUUAUUUAUUUGUCGCUGCUGUUCGCCGGCGUGUUUUGCGACGACGAUGCAGAAGAAGACGAGCACGCCAAGCACACGUACACUGUGGAGAUGUUUAACGAGGCGGUGCCCACUGCACCCCACUUUGUCAUGUUUUACGCCCCAUGGUGCGGCCAUUGUCAGAGAUUACAGCCAACAUGGAAUGAACUGGCAGACAAAUACAACAGCAUGGAUGAGCCCCCCGUCUACGUGGUAAAAGUAGACUGCGUCCAGGACACCAAGUUCUGCUCCAAUGUCCACGGUGUUCGAGGAUACCCCACGCUGAAGUUGUUUAAGCCAAACCAGGAAGCAGUUAAAUACCAGGGCGCCAGAUCUCUGGAGGCUCUGGAGACCUGGAUGCUGAAGACACUCCAGGAGGAGCCGUCGGAACCAGAGACCGAACUGGAGCCUCCUAAAGCCCCAGAACCCAAGCAAGGCAUGCAUGAGCUCACUGCCCUCAACUUUAAGACCCACAUAGCUAAAGGCGCACACUUUGUGAAGUUCUUUGCACCUUGGUGUGGCCACUGCAAAGCCAUGGCUCCGACCUGGGAACAGCUGGCCACCACCUUUGAACACUCUGAUACCGUAAAGAUAGGAAAGGUGGACUGUACACAGCACUACGAGGUGUGCUCUGAGAACGGUGUGAGAGGAUAUCCCACACUGCUCUUCUUCUACAACGGACAGAAGACAGAACAGUACAAAGGAAAAAGAGACCUGGACUCUUUCAAAGACUUUGUGGAGAAUCAGCUGAAGGCCGCACUCACUGAGGAGCAGGGUCAGGAACCAAAUGAAGAACAAAAAGCAAAUGAGAUCCCCCCUGAUGAGCCAGCCAAAGAGGAGGAAAAGUCCAGCGUGUUGGUCUUGACUGAGACCAACUUUGAUGAGGCAGUAGCCAAAGGCAUCACUUUCAUCAAAUUCUACGCUCCCUGGUGCGGUCACUGUAAGAAUCUCGCUCCAACAUGGGAUGAUCUUUCCAAGAAGGAGUUUCCUGGCCUCACUGAUGUCAAGAUUGCCAAAGUGGACUGCACUGUUGAACGCUCACUCUGCAACAAGUACUCUGUCAGAGGUUACCCCACCUUGAUCAUCUUCAAAGCAGGCGAGCAGGGCGAUGAGCACCACGGUGGGCGGGACAUGGAGAGUCUGCACAACUUUGUGAUGAGGCAGGCCAGAGACGAGCUGUAGAAGCAGGAGAGUCGGCGCUCUACUCCACCACUCUACUCGCCCACACUGCAUAUCCGGCCAGUAGGACACCACUCUCUCUCCUACAGAGGCCAAACCUCUUUAUCUCUCUCUCUCCACUCGGGUGCUGUUUAGGCAGGAGUCAGCCAAUGACUGACUGAUGCAGUCAGUCCAGUAUUCAAAGACAGAAGACCUCAGUAGAGUGUUUGGAAUGUGAAUGUAUUUCUCAUUGCUGUUGCCCAACCUUAAACCCUCUGAUCGUAUGUUGUUGUUUGGGUCUGCGAAUGAAUGAAUAUGUCUGACAACCACUUUACAAGCACUGCUCAACCUAUCAGAACCAGAACUUCUCGUACAAUUAUCAAACCACGCUGUUUAUCAAAGGGGUGGCACUAAACUUUCUCCCCGUUUAACAAAAAUCUAUUGUUUCUGAGUCUUUUUUUCGAUGCAAAUUUUAAACAUGAGAUCUGUUGUUCGAUCGUAAGCCAUUAAUGUUACUGUACUGUCACUCAAACGGCUGUGAAGGUUGUGGCACCCCAAUGUGAAGUUGAGUGUUAAGUUGAAAGUACGUCAUUAUCCCUGCCAGCGAUGGCUCAUCUGACUUAACUCUCAGGGAAACACCCGUUCAGACUAGAAGACGUGGUGAUGGAGGCCUCGUUGUUAUCACAGGAGUCUGAUCAUGACGUUUUUCUCUUAAUCGUGACCAGAUUAAAAGUAAAGAGGUGUGGUAGGAAUUAUGACUCCUGUGAUCUCAAUCAGACGUCCUUCUCUUCCUCUAGCAUUCAGAGUCUCAGGCCUGGACCAUGUUGCCCCAUUUCUCUGUUACUGAACUGCUUCUGUUUAAUUUUCCUCUUUGUCUAGAUAAAUCAUCCAAAUGCAGUUUGCUCAGGUGGGAUGGCUAACUUUAUCCACUCAUUACUAAAAGUUGUAGGAGCACCAACACACGAUGCAACACAGUCAUAUUUUUACAUCUUGAUUAUAUUACUGCCAAAUGUUUUGUUAAUAAAAAGCCAACUUCCCUCCCAAGCCCCAGUGAUUUGUUAAGAAAAGCCCUGCUCACAUGCUAGUAUUACUUACCUGGAUAUCUCCCAUGCAGCAUGGCUCUCUUGUUGCUGUGCAUGGAUUUAAGGACGGAUCCUAAAUUUCCUCCCAAAAUGCUCCAAACCUUUAUUCAUAAUUGCGAACACAGCCUCCAAAAUUCUCAAGAUGAUAAAAAGAUGCGGAGAAAAGCAAAAACCUUGUCGUUUUGGGGACCAAUAAACCGCUGUUUGGACAGUUGGAUCACUUAAAGCCAGUCUUCAGGAGUAAAACACCAUCAAACCACCAUUGCAUGACCUUUCUGACUAUGACUGUCGUGGGUCAGAUUUUUCUGAUCCCCCUAAAUAUAUCUGGAUGAUUUACUGUCUGAUAGCAGAAAGCUGUGUUUUGUUGGGUUGAUCUGAAUAAUGGGGUGGUGGAGUGAUCUCAGUCCAGCUCCCCCAGGUGCUGACUCACUUUGACUAACUGGGAAAAUGAUUCAGAAAGACGAGCUUUGUUUUCUAAAACUGAUGCAACAUUUAACUCAUGUGGUUUUAAUUUCCUAUUGUGACUGUACAAACACUAAUUGGAUAAAAUGAACUGAAACCACAAAUCCACCCUGAACAUGACAUAGUUUUCUGUGUUUUAGAGAUUCAAAGGUCCAAGAAUCAGUCAUUAACCUGAGGGUAAUAGCAUUUGCAGUUUUGUUAAAGUUCAGCUGUUUUCUUUCAACCACGGUGUAGUAAACGGCACCCUGAUGCUCUUUGACCCCGGUUAUGUGAAAAGUAUGUUCCUCAUGAUGCAGGGCACCAUUUACCAUCAAACCCAGGUACACAAACAGUCAGACACACAGCAGUUUUUUGUCAGGAAAAGUUUUUAUGGAUAGCACAUGGUCGAAAGAACUCCAGUGAUGGAAGUAUUUUAUUUCCUUUUCGUGGGUGGUGGAUUGUGCACCACCCAUAGAUUUUGUACAAAAAGAGUGAAUAAUGGCAAGUUGUAACAUGAGAUUUCGUAAUAAAUUUUUCUCAAAAAUAA